AUGCGCCGGGCCUGCGUGGUGGGCGCCUCUCGUGGGCUCGGCCUGGCCCUUGCGAAGCACCUGGCUCGCCGCGGCGAUGCCGUGCUUUGUGCUGCGCGCACGCCGACGGCGGCCCUUGCGGAGCUGGAGAGGGACUUUCCGCAUUCUGUCACCGUGCUCCAGAUGGACGUGACCGACGCCCCAAGUGUCGCGGACGCGGCAGAACGCGCGCAGGGCAUCUUGGCCUCGCCCGGCCGGCCUCCUGGGCUGGAGCUUCUGUGCCACACUGCCGGGCUGCUGCAGGACAAGUCUCGUGGGGUCAUCCCUGAGAACGGUCUGCACCGCUUGGAUCCCGAGGCGAUCCACUACACCUUUGCAGUGAACGUGCUGGGACCCCUGAUGGUCCUGAAGCACUUUGCUCCUCUCCUGAAGGCUUCAGAGACGGAAGGCCCCUUGGUACCCCAGGCGCCCAAGUCGACAGCGGUCUUCUACAGCGCUCGCGUGGGCUCCAUCGGCGACAAUGUCACAGGUGGAUGGUACUCUUACCGCAGCAGUAAGGCCGCCCUGAACCAGGUGGUGCGGACGGCCUCUGUUGAGCUCGCGCGACACCGGGUCUGCUGCUUCGCCUUGCACCCGGGCACGGUCGACACGGACUUAACGCGCGCCUUUGCACGGGCGCGGUCGAAGUACACGGUGCAGGACGUGGAUGAAGCAGCCGAGAACCACUUGGCCAUCAUUGCCUCUCGAAGAAUGGAACAUGCGGGCCGCUUCUUCGACUGGCGUGCUGAGGAGAUUCCAUGGUGA